UAUUACCUCCUCGAUCCAACGGACUCGAUAACUCCCAUCUUCUUCCUUGCGCUCUGCAACACCGUCCACUCUCUUUCCCGUUGCAUUUUCCAAUUCGCCGCCACGCACUGAAAUCCCCGUUUUACCCUCUGUCUUUUUCCCAUAUCCCUUCGUUAUCCUCUCGCUCUUGGUUUUCCAGCCUUCUCGUCGCCGACGAUCGGAGUGCAGUUCGAUCCGUAUCGGCCGCGAAUAGGAUCGGAUGGCGGAUUCGGAUAACGAGUCGGGUGGGGCGAACGGAGGCAACGCGAACAGCGAUGUGUCGACAAAGGAGCAGGACAGGUUCUUGCCGAUAGCGAACGUGAGCAGAAUAAUGAAGAAGGCGUUGCCGGCGAAUGCGAAGAUCUCAAAGGACGCGAAGGAGACGGUGCAGGAGUGUGUGUCGGAGUUCAUAAGCUUCGUGACGGGGGAGGCGUCGGACAAGUGCCAGAGAGAGAAGAGGAAGACGAUCAACGGCGACGAUUUGCUGUGGGCCAUGACCACUUUAGGGUUCGAAGACUAUGUGGAGCCCUUGAAGAUUUACCUACAGAAGUAUCGGGAGAUGGAAGGGGAGAAGAUUUCCGUGGGGAAACACGGCGAGAAGGAUGGCGGCUCCGGCGGAAGUGGGGUUGUUGGGUUUAAUGGUGCUGAGGGUAUGUACGGUGGGAUGACGGUGGGGCAUCAUCAGGGACAGGUAUACGGUUCUGGUGGGUUCAACCAAGGAGGCGGCGGUGGAGGCUCCAACAUGAGAUCCAGGGACUUGUUCAGAUUUGAUUAGCUUGAAAACCUCUCAAGCACCUUCCCAGAUAGAAGAGGAAUUUUAGGCGCUGGUUUUGAUUUGGUAACAUGGGAGUGGGGCAGAUGGAGAUAAACAACAAAUUAUUUCCCAUGUCAUGCUGGGCAAUCACAUUGUUUAACCGUCUGUGUAUCUCUAUGACCGAGUAAUAUGAUACGAAAUUUAUAGGAAGUCAAGUUACUUCUAAGUCUUAAAUGAUUAAUAAAUAUGACUAUUAACAGAA